AUGAUCACGCACAAGGGCAACUCGUCCAAACUACUACUAUUAUUCGGGUUGCUCGCUUCAACGAUAUCGCCAACGCAGGCCGUUGGCAUCCUGCUGCCACGAAGCAGCGACACCUGUCCCAGCGACUACACACACUGCUCGAGCAGCGGUCUUCCCAGCACGUUCUGCUGCCCCAGCAGCUCCACGUGCAUCAGUCUCGACGACGCCAGCUCCGCCAUCUGCUGCCCAGCCGGGCAGAGCUGCGACUACAUCGAGCCCAUCACCUGCGACGUGCAGCUCCAGAACGCGACCGCCCACCCCAAGAACAGCGUCCACACCACCCGCCUCGACGAUAGCCUGGCCAAAUGCGGCUCGAAAUGCUGUCCCUUCGGCUACACCUGCACGGGGGACUCGCUGUGCAGCAUGGACACAUCGACCGCAUCGACCGCAACCGCAUCCAGCUCCAGCGCCGCAUCCACCUCAUCAACCACCACCUCAAGCACAUCUUCCUCCCUCGCCACCGCCAUCUCCGCCACCGACCCGCGCGUCUCCCAAUCCUCCGCCUUAGACAACACCAACACCACCACCAACGCAACAGCAACACAGCUGAGUAAAUGCCCGCAGUACCCAACAGCCGCGGUCCUGGCAGGCUUCUUCCCCGGCGCCCUCCUCGGCGUAAGCGCCACCCUCCUCUCCCUGCUGCUGUACCGCCACCACCGCCGCAAGAACCUGCCGCCGUCCGCCAAGAUCGCCCAGUUCACCCACCGAUCGUCCAAGGGCACCCUCAUCGGGAUCUCCUCGCCCAUGCCCUCCGAGGAGACCGCCUACCGCACCGACUUCCUCCUCCGGCGGACGCAGUCGCGGGCCUCGAAGGCCACUACCACCAGCGGCUCCCGGGCCCGGUCCCGGUCGCGGUCUCGCUCGAUGAUCCAGAAGACCGGCGGCAGGGUCCGGAGUCUGUUCAACCCCCACAAUCCCGUCUCGGCGCCGGUGAUCCCGGCGUUGCGCAGGACGGAGAGUAUUCGGGUGUAUACGCCGCCGGGCGUGUUUGCGACCACGGGGGUCCUGAAGCCGGACGCGUACCCGACGAAUCCCAGGGCGAUGGAGGCGUUUUCGGAGGACCCGGAGGGUGGUCCGGGUGGUGGGGGGUUGAGUAGAGGGAAUUCGAGGUUGGGGUCGCAGCGGAGGUAG